AUGCUCGCUUUUAGCCGCAUCACCAGCAUCCUCUUGUUCGUACUCUCCUUGAGCUUUCUUACUUGUGCUCUGCCCACUUCUGCAACGCACUUGAACGCUUUGGCCACUCGUGACCGCGGCGCUGAUUUGCUCAAGAUCUGUGUCGACUUGGAGGCUGAUGUUAGAGCCAAAGUCAAUGCAAUUGUCAUUGCCGACGUGAAGGCUCUGGUGGAUGUUCAGGCCGAUGUUCAAGUUAUCGUCGACAGGAUCAAUGUCGCCGCUCGUGCCAUUGUUGCCGUUGGCUUGAAUCUCAAUAUUAAUGCUGAUAUUCGAGCCCAGAUUGCCAUUCACAUUGCUGCAGUCAUCAGAUUAGUUGUCCAACUCUCCAUCGACCUCGUUGGCAAACUCGGGGUCACUGUCCUCCUCGGUCUCCUUCUUCAAAUCGAUCUCUGUCUCCGGGGUCUGCUUCUCGCUGUGAGGGGCGUCGUGGUUGGACUUCUGAGGGUUGUCAUUGCACUCCUUGCUGAUAUCACCGUCAAAGUGCUCGUUGGCAUUCACCUCGACCUGAGUUUGAAGGUCUUGGUUCCUCUCGGUCUUUCCAUCUAA